CUCAAUAUACUGGAUGAGAUACAGAAAGAGGUGGAUGAUCCAAAACAUGAAUUUCGUCGUCGCAUCUUAGCUGGUAUGUUUCGCGAUAUCCAGGACGGAGAUCUAUCGCUGUAUGACUUCCGAAACACUACAACGGAUAGCGAUGAUGUGCUAAGUCAACAGUUAAAUCCGUUAUAUUUGCCCCGUGAAAUGUUGGAAAUACAGAAGGAGCAAAGUUAA